UCAGCUCAGCUCAUCAGCAUCGAUCUACGUACUUGAGUAGUCAAUUCAGCGUUGCUUUUUUUUGCAGCAAGAUUGCUGUUUGAUGGCUCCAAACGGGGAAGGCGCGGUGGCGGCGCCGGCGGUGGGGAAGGGGCGGCGGGAGAAGCCGAAGAGGAUCUCGAUGGAGGGGCUCCAGCGCGCCAUGUCCGACCUGGCCCUGGAGCUCACCAAGGCGGACAGCAAGAAGCAGCAGGCGGACCCGGCCGGCGGCGGCGCGGGGAAGCUGCCGGGGAUCACGGAGCAGGUGGUGGUGGAGGAGGCGCGGUGCGAGUGCUGCGGCAUGCUGGAGGAGUGCACGCCGGAGUACGUGCGGCGCGUGCGGGAGCGCUACUGCGGGCGCUGGGUGUGCGGGCUGUGCGCCGCCGCGGUGAGCGCCGAGGCGGACAGGAGGAGCCACGGUGACGGCGGCGGCGGCGGGCGGACGUCGACGGAGGAGGCGCUGGCGGCGCACAUGGCCGUGUGCGGGCGGUUCAACCGCGUCGGCCGCGCCAACCCGGUGCUGAUGCAGACGGAGGCCAUGAGGGAGAUCCUCCGCAAGAGGUCGAGGCCGAACGGCCCGAGAGACCACGCCCAUGGCGGCCUCACCAGGAGCUCCAGCUGCAUCCCCGCCAUUACCAAGGACAUCAACUGCGCCAGCAAAUAAUUAAUCCAUCGUCUUCAUCUUGGACGUGCAAGACCACGAAAAAUUAAAACUUUAAAGUUAAAGCAUCUAGGGAUUAGUAUCUGAUCACUGCGAGUGAUAAAUCAAGAAGAAUUCAUGAUUCCAAUCAUGAACUGGUAGUUACCAAAAUUAAUUUGUAAUUUGUAGUUAAUCCCGGUUACUCGAUAAGUUCGUCGCUUGUUUCAUUCUUGGCCUCCUGCAAAUCUGGAAAAUGUACAUGUAUAUUUACAAAUAAAGCAUAUAUAUUAAUAG